UUGUAUGAAGUGCAGUAAUGAGUUGUCUCAGAAUUACCUUGUCAGAAUUGUAUUUUUAUAUUUUUCUGCACAUCUAGUAAAUUAAAAUAAAAUCUCAUCGAAGUGACAAUGGUCGGUAAAGCGUUAAACAACAUGAUUUUCCUCAUUACCUUCCCAACAACUGACCAUUUGACCCAGGACUGGAGAGAUGAUGAUGUGCUCCUCCUGUCCUGAUCGCCAGGCCAUCUUUGAUCUUAUCUAAAUCCGUCCAUUGUACUGUACUGUUUUUAUUCCUGAUCCAGGAGGAGGCGGGUUCUCAUUUAAAUUAAAGUGUGCGCCGCAGCCCAGCACCAUUACUGCACACCGAUUUCUACCGCCGACCCUCCCAUUCGGACCUCCACCCAUUUCCGCAUUUCUCUCCCGGACCGAAAGGAGCCGAAGAGAUCAUCAUCAUCAUCAUCAUGAGUUUCCCAGGAUACGGCGGCGGGUAUGGAGGUGCACCUGGGGCUCCGGGUUUCGGCGGAUUCCCUGGCCAGCCCCAAGACCCCCUCUUUGGCUAUUUCACUGCAGUCGCUGGACAGGAUGGUCAAAUUUCUGCUGAGGAGCUGCAGACCUGUCUCACUCAGGCAAACUUCUCUGGAGCCUACAAGCCUUUCAACCUUGAGACCUGCAGGCUCAUGAUCAGCAUGUUGGAUAGAGACAUGUCACACACGAUGGGAUUCAACGAGUUCAAGGAGCUGUGGAGCGUCCUGCACGCCUGGAAGCAGCACUUUCUGACCAUUGACCGUGACCACAGUGGUACGGUUGACCUGCAGGAGAUGCAGCAGGCCAUUGGCUCCAUGGGCUACAGGCUGAGCCCUCAGACCAUGAACAGCAUGAUCAACCGCUACAGCACUCAAGGGAAGAUCACGUUCGAUGACUAUGUGGCCUGCUGUGUGAAACUCAGAACGCUGACCGAGCUCUUCCGGAGGCGGGACCAGGCUCAGCAGGGCAUGGCGACGUUUGCAUACGAUGAUUUCAUCCAGUGCACGAUGAGCACAUGAUGUGGGACCAGAAGAGGACUGAAAGUGAUGAUUUCUGACCACUUUGUACAGACUGAUACACACAUGUAUAUGUGUUACAUUCCCCCCACUGUUCCUGUAGUGCUAAUACUGAUGAACAUUACAUGUCAUGAGUUGAUAGUUCCAUUAAAAGUAAUACGAUGGACUCUUACUUAUAUCUUUAUAACCACUAAUACCGAAAGUCUAUAACAAAUGUUGGAUUUUUCCAUAAGUUGUACUUCUUACCCAUGAUAGCCAUGUACUUCAGUGUAGAGGGUAUAUCAACAGCAUAUUGAAGACGGCACUGUACUGACUUUCAUUCAUUAAAUGAACACUGUACUACUU